UAGACGGCCAAUUCUGUCUAUUGUGUUUAUGUGUCCCCUGCCACAGUUGUUUCGUGAGUGGAGAGAGGCUUAUCGUUGAAUAUUGUUACCCUUUCUUUUGAACAUGGACUGGAAAACAUCUUAAAUAUCAGUCAACUGUGCGCAAAUGCAAAAAUGAACAAAGGCUGGCUGGAGCUCGAGAGUGAUCCAGGGCUGUUCACUCUGCUGGUGGAAGACUUUGGUGUCAAAGGCGUCCAAGUAGAGGAAAUCUAUGAUCUUCAAAGCAAGUGUCAAAGUCCUGUCUAUGGCUUCAUCUUCCUGUUCAAGUGGAUUGAGGAACGUCGAUCCAGGAGGAAAGUUAACACUUUGGUGGAUGAGACCUCGGUCAUUGAUGAGGAAAUUGUAAAUGAUAUGUUCUUUGCUCAUCAGCUGAUACCAAAUUCAUGUGCCACCCACGCUUUGUUGAGUGUGCUGUUGAACUGCAGUGGCGUUGAGCUCGGCACCACCCUCAGUCGCAUGAAGGCUUUCACUAAAGGCUUUAGUCCAGAGAGUAAAGGUUACGCAAUAGGAAAUGCCCCAGAGCUUGCCACAGCACAUAACAGCCAUGCCAGACCGGAGCCCAGGCACCUGCCGGAGAAGCAGAAUGGGAUCAGUGCAGUGCGGACCAUGGAAGCCUUCCACUUUGUUAGCUAUGUGCCCAUCAAAGACCGCCUCUUUGAGCUUGACGGGCUCAAGGCUUACCCCAUUGACCAUGGGCCCUGGGGAGAGGAGGAGGAAUGGACUGAUAAAGCUCGGCGGGUUAUCAUGGAGAGGAUUGGACUGGCUACUGCUGGCGAGCCGUACCAUGACAUUCGCUUCAACCUGAUGGCAGUGGUGCCUGACCGCAGGAUGAAGUACGAGUCCAAACUGGAAAUUCUAAAGAGGAACCGACAGACUGUUCUUGAGGGUCUACAGAAGAUGAUCCGGCUCACUCAGCCCGAGCUUGUUCAUGACAAGAAGCAGCAGGACUCUUCCUCCCCUGACGACAGCACCGCUGCGAUCAAGAAAGAGGCAGAUGCGGAGCCAGUUACAUCCCAGGGGACUGAUCAGGCUUCUUCAGAUUCAGUGGAUGAGUCAGCAGUUCAGUCUAAGGAUGCCUCUAGUCCCUCAGGAAAAGCAAAGGUCAUGGGCAAACCACCAGUCCCCACAGGAGGAGGUCCCCAGCAAGUCACCAGUCCCAACCCCAUCGUUCAACGCCUGCCUGCCUUCCUGGACAACCACAACUAUGCCAAGUCUCCAAUGCAGGAAGAAGAGGAUCUUGCUGCUGGAGUUGGUCGGUCUCGAAUACCAGGCCCUUCCCACCACCAAUACUCUGACGAUGAAGAUGACUAUGAGGAUGAUGAGGAGGAAGUAACUGGUUCUGCAGGCACAUCUAACAGGUGUAGACGGAAAGCAAGUCUGCGAUCACGAACUGGACGGGUAGCAACUGGAAUGGAGAGCCAGAUCGCCCUCACUGUAUUGGCCGAGAAACUGAAGAAGGAGGCCCAAAGGAAAGAUGCCCUGAACACACCCCUUUCUGUACGCACAGAGGGGCGCACCGGGGGCAUUUGCAUCACAUCUGCUUCACAACCUUCCCCCACACCGAGCAAUGAAAGCACUGACACAGCCUCUGAGAUCGGCAGUGCCUUCAAUUCCCCGCUGCGCUCACCUGCGCGCUCCCAGGCUGCCACACGCCCGUCCAGUCCAGUCGCAUCCCAUCUGUCUCGUGUGCUGUUCGGAGAAGAUGAGAUGCUGAGGCUAGACUCCAGACAUAAUCGUGCUGUAAGAGAACUGGGUCCCUCUGUCAGCGUAGCCUUGUUACACCUGCAGGAGGAUGGAGUCAUCUUUGCUCUCCCUCCAUCUGUAGAUUUGGCUGCUGAUGGCACAAAGCAGCCGUGCACUCCUGAAAAGACAAAAGACAAAGAGCAACCAGGAGAGAAGGAAGGAGUGAACGAGGGAGACGCGGGUCCGUCUGCGGAGGUGAAACAGGAGGAGAGCAAAGAUGGGGCAGAGGUGAAACCUAGCAAGGAGAAACCCAGCACUAUGGAAACCGCUGCAGACAGCAAGCCCCCUGGGGAUAAGUACUCUCCUAAAGAGCUGCUCGCACUGCUCAAGUGCGUAGAGGCUGACAUUGCCAAUUACGAGGUGUACCUAAAGGAGGAAGUAGAAAAGAGAAAGAAAUACAAAAUUGAUGAUCAAAGGAGGACCCAUAAUUACGAUGAGUUCAUCUGCACCUUUAUAUCAAUGCUGGCCCAAGAAGGCAUGUUGGCCAGCCUUGUGGAGCAGAACAUCUCUGUGCGUCGUCGGCAGGGAGUGAGCAUCGGCCGCUUGCACAAACAGAGGAAGCCUGACCGCAGGAAACGCUCCCGACCUUACAAAGCCAAGCGCCAGUAAUUAAAAACAAUCCUAACCUCUGUAAGCAACUUACUCCUGUGAGCACCGAGCAAUCACCCCAGAGAAAACAAAAAGAAACUGAUGCACUCCUUGAACUGUCUCAUAAAGGCAGUUUAGUGUUGUAUUUUAGUCAGAGCCUCCUCUUGAAAUGAAAUCGACCACGCAUUUGGUUAGUUCUUUUAUCCUUUAUGUAUAUAUGUGCGACCAUUUUAGCCUCCCUCUGUAAAUUUUCUUCUUUCUUGUGCCACUACUAUUGACAGAUUGUGAAUAUGAAAAAGGCAUGUCCUCAACGAUGCAGCUGAAUGCUUUUUCAUCUCCAAGUAUUCAUUCUUAUCGAAAGGUCUUGUGGUCAUUACAGUUUAGUGUGUCACUAAAUAUAUACAAUUUGGUUACAGGCAAUAUUUCCUCAACUGUAUCCCUUACUCAUGUUUUUAUGGUGCCAAUGAAGUAUUGAAUGUUUUGACUAUAGAAGGCCAUGUAUUUUAUUCAUCCAUAGAAUUUCAGUUAUAAUCUAUUCACUGUUGGUAAUUCUCUAUAUAGCAUAGAAAAAAGCAUCUUUUAAUCACAUUCUUCAUGGACAAUUUUAAACUCAAGAAGAAGAAGAAGUCAUGAUGCAUCAAUGUUUUUUUUUUUUUUUCCUUUUCAUUGGAAUGUCUUUUCCACUAAGGGUUUCUAGCUGUGUAUGUAUGUCCCUUGAGGUCCUGCAAAUGAAAACAAGCUCUUGUGUUAUUUUUGUACCUGAGAUGGAUCUCAAAGUGAGUGAAUAUUAAGUCGGAUGUGUGCACUUGUGUGUUUUGUACAUAUGUAUCCGUUAAUUGGCUCACCUGUACACUGAGUUCAGUUGUUCUUUGUGCUUGCCAAUUCAUACUACAAUAAAGUCAUAAGAAAAUA